AUGGGAGCCACUGGGAUGAGCUAUAGUCUCCCAAGCCGUGACUUGAUCAACAAUAGUGUUGCGUUGGCUGCUGGUGGUCAUUGGUUAGAUGAUAUGGUUGAUGUUCUAGGCUAUGACAAUGAUCAAGGAAUAUGCCGGGUAAUCCACCCAAUUUUGUCUCCCAUCAAGCCUACUGGACAUAUUUGGAUCCUGAAAGGCAACCUGGCCCCUGGGGGUGCAGUUGCCAAGAUCACUGGCAAGGAAGGCCUGCACUUCCAAGGCAAGGCUUGCGUCUUUGAGACCAAAGCCAUUGAAACCGGAUUUAUCCUGAAAGGCCCAAAAACUGUCUUUGUUCUUUGCGGGAUGGGCCCUGUCGGUGGUCCCGGCAUGCCCGAAAUGCUCAAACCAACCAGUACAAUUAUGGGAGUUGGACUGGGUAAUGAUGUAACCUGCUUGACCAACGGCCAAUUUAGCGGAGGGUAG